AGGCCUAGCUGAUAAACUUCUGGAGUGAAGGUUGUUGUUUUGGUCCCCCAAACGUCAGACCACCCUCCCCAAACACAAGCAGGCCGUACGCAAAGCGUCCCACCUAAUUUCCUUAACGACGAGCUGGUGAACUUUUAUAUUUAGCACCGCUCGAGUUGCCCAUUCAGUGCCAGCAGACGUUCAGCAACACAACCUUGUGGAACCUCUCCGCUACACCAACACAACUCAUAACAUCAGACGAGUCACUGGCACUAGAGAGGAAACACGUGCUGAAACCCUGUCAGAAUCGAAUUAAGUGCCCUCUGAAAGCAAGGUGACCCAAUUCUUGGCGAGAAACGGGCUGAAACGGGCAAGAAAAUAUCUAUUCCAAACUCAUCUCUCAUUGCUUGAUAGAUUAAUGAUUAUUAAAAGCGUUGAAACAAGCAUUCAAGCAACAUGAUAUUAUCAUACCUGAUGUGCGAAUCGCGAUAACGAGGUGGAUUGCAAAACUGCAUUUUUUUGUGAACUGUGCUUGUAGAAGAAAAGGGGGCAGAGACUUUUUUGAAGGACGCCUUUAGUAGCAACAGAGAAACAGGAAGAAGAUGGAUUUGACAUUUGCAAACAAAUUCGACUGCUCAAAUUCUGGGUUUUUCUUUCCUCUAAAAAUGAUCUGCACAAGAGAUGGCUGCACAUUUUUAUGUAAAUUGUAUUUCAGUGAUGGCUCCACCCCAUUUUUGAGUUCCUGCUGCAGGAGUUAAUGCUGUAUAUAUGCUGUACAGCUGUGAAGGAACCUGAACUGCUGACUUCUUUCUUCAGGACAGUGAGUUGCAAUGGAUGCAGACUUUUCCAAAUGUCAUCAGAUUGUAUUGCCAUAAUGGAAUAUUUAUUUUGGGCUCUAGUGGAAUUUCCAGGCUACAUGUAGAAGACUAGAGAGUAGGAAAUAUCUAGCAUUUCUCAAUGAAUGAUUGUGCAUGGUGAAACUUGUCCUCAAUGAAACUGGCAGCCUUAGACAAUCCUGAUGCAGAAAGUUCUAGGUAAUACGUGAAAGUCUGUAGAACAUGGCUGUGACACCACCUCCUGAAAUUACCAUAGCUGAGCCCAUUUCCAUUCCAAUCCUAAAUGUUCUCCCACCGUCGUCCGAUACGGAGUCAUGGUCCUGUUCCCCAAGCCCACGGCCACACCGGUACCACUCUCGGAGCCGAAAACGGGAGAAGAGAAGAGCCAAAGUGCCUCAAGAGGACAUAUCAAAGAACCGUUGGGAUAAAGGGCAAGGGAAACGAGAUAGGAGCCAAAGCCUGUCACGUGCAUCUCCAACGCCUCCAAGGGUUUCUAAUGUAGAAGAGGAAGAGCAGAGCAGCCCCUCCGUGCUUCUCCUACCCCCAUCCCGCUCAUGGUCACAGAGCUCCUCCCUAAGCAGGCGCUCUCGCUGGUCUAUCCGUAGCCUUCUCAGCAAGGACUCGGAUUGUGGCAGCAGCAGUACAGCCAGUAAUUCUCCGCGCAGUACUCCCGGCAGCUCACCCUACCUGCGCCGCCGUGUGCUGGGAGGCAGAGCCAGUGAAGGGGAGGCGGGCGGGGACAGAAGCGCUGGGGGCUCAGAGAGCCCCCUGCCUCCUACUCCCUCCUCAUCCACCUCCUCCUACCCGCUCGCGGCCCGACACUUCACCCGCAAUGCCAAGAAAAUGCAGAGCUGGUAUAAUGUUCUCAGCCCUACAUACAAACAGAGGAAUGAAGACUUCCGUAAACUCUUUAAAAAGCUGCCUGAUACAGAGCGUCUCAUAGUGGACUACUCGUGUGCACUGCAGAGGGACAUUCUGCUCCAAGGCCGCCUUUACCUGUCGGAGAACUGGCUCUGCUUCUAUAGUAAUAUCUUCCGAUGGGAGACUACGAUAACUAUACUGCUGAAAGAUGUGACCAGUCUGACCAAGGAGAAGACGGCCAAGCUCAUCCCCAACGCCAUCCAAAUUAGCACUGAACACGAGAAGCACUUCUUUACGUCAUUUGGGGCAAGGGAUCGCAGCUACAUGAUGAUCUUCAGACUAUGGCAGAAUGCACUGAUGGAUAAGACUCUGUCUCCCAAAGAGCUAUGGCACAUCGUUCACCAGUGUUACGGCACUGAGCUAGGGCUCACUAGUGAAGAUGAUGACUACGUCUCCCCUACUGCUGAACAUAUGAACGGCCUGCUGCCAGGUGAGGAGCCGGUCUCCGUCACUGACCUGCUGGAUCUGGGUUCAGUGCUGGUGGCUCCAGUGGGCUCCUCUCCACCCUCAUCUGCCUCAGUUCUUCCCUGCGCUUCAGGAUCUUCACCUCCAUCCUACUCUUCCUCUUCCUGCCAGCCUGUGGAGGUGCCGUCUACUCGGGCCAGCAUCGAACCUGAGCCCAGUCCACCCAGCUCCCAGAGCUCAUUGCCACCCACUACAAACACUGGAGCUGCCCCAUCCUCAACCAUUGUGGAAGAAGGCGGGGACAGCCAGUCAGAAUCGGCCAAUCAGUCACUUCAAUCUCUUCACACUGUCCCACACAGCCUGGGAAACCUCUCGUCACUGGAUAUCACCAAUGAUGAAGAGCUCCCAACUGACCCCAGCAAUUCCUCUGACACUCAGGAAGAGAGCGAGGUGGAGUCCUUCUGUGCGGAUCUCAGCGGCCGGCUGCAUAUCAACACAGUUGUUCGCAUGAGCGUGGACAAGCUCUACGACCUUCUGUUCUCAGACACUCACUUCAUACAGCACCUCUUCUCACAGCGUCACUUCACCGAUCUCUCUGUGCACGAGUGGCAACAGGACAGCAGCAGUGGGAACAGCAGUAGAGUUUUGAGUUACACCAUCGCCAUCAACAACCCGCUGGGCCCAAAAACUGCUCCUGUGGUGGAAACACAGAGCUUCGCAAUGGUCUCUUCUGAUAUCUGCUACAGGAAGCAGCCGUGGAGUCUUGUGAAAGCUCUGAUAGAGAAGAACACUUGGAGCGGCAUUGAAGAGUAUUACAGACACAUGGAGAUGGAGGUGUGUAAGCUGGAAACGCUGUUGCAGUCGGAAGUUUCUGUAGUGAGCACUGGGGAAGUGCCUUCCGCGGACUCCGCCAAGACUCCCCCCGGCCUGCGCAGACGCAAACGCAACUGUCCCAGACGAGCAGGAGAGCGGGAGAGAGAAAGGGAUGGAGCGGGAGGAGGAGGCGGGGAGCGGGGCAACCGAGGAAUUGGAGAUGAGCGUGAAAGGAGGGCAGCUGGUGCUCAGUAUGUGAAAUUAGGGGAUAGGUGGCGUGGAGCCGGCAACAACAACAAUAGCAUCUCCACCAUCCUGCUCAUUGUGAGCUUCAUGAUCUGUGUCAGUCUGGUGGUUCUGGUGGCUCUGAACAUGAUGCUCUUCUACAAACUCUGGGCGCUGGAACGGGCCGCACACACGCUGGAGACCUGGCACUCGUACUCUUCAACUGACAGUCCUCUGCCGCAGACAGCAGGAGAGUGGGCGCAGGUUCUGCAGCUCCAGAGGCAGUUCCACCAGGCCCAGAUGAACAAAUGGCAGCAGAUCCUACAAUCUUCUGUCACUCUUCUGGAUCAGAUGAAACAGUCUCUGGAGAAGCUCCACAGAGGAAUGAUCACACCAGAGGUGCAGCAGGAAUCUGAAUCCGAACCAGAAACUCUGACGGACCAGUGAGAGCGUACGGUAACCCCUUCACUCUACCGUUUACAGACUGUGGACCCCGUGACAUAGCCGUCCACGAGGGGCCAAAUCAUAGACGGGAGACGGUGCUCAACUCAGUGACAUUCAUGUUGGGAUUGAUGUGGGUAUCUUCUAGCUCACCCUUGUGUCCCAGCAGCAGCUACAGGACUUUAUACUAGCUGUAUAAAACACAUUAAACUCUUUUAUCAAUCAAAAAACCAUGAACUCUGGGUCUGAAGCAGUAACACACAUGUACGGGAGCGUCUGUGACUUACAGCUGUGCUGCAUCUUGAGCUGUUUGGUCCGUACUGCGUGUCUGAAAACUGAAUUUCAUCAUGGACCUUUCAAUACAGAGCUUGGGAGAGAUGCGCUAAAUAGGGAAAUGUCUGAAAUCAACCUUCCAAGAGACCUCUCAACCGUCAUUUCACAAUUGUUUUUAUGUCGUCAUGGGAGAGAAAUUUCAAUUUUCUCUUGUGUUACUGUUGCUGAUUUCAGAGCUGUUACUGAAUCUCGUUUAAAGUGUGUCAGGCCAUUGCAGUAUUUAUUUAAUAGACUUGAAUUACAGUCUAACGUCAUUGUGUUUCUGCUCAAACAAGGACCAAUGAAGAAAUGGGUGGAACGAGUGGUAUGAAUAUGAAUUCCCAUUUUAGCAAUAAUCAUGUGGAAAAAUUGUAAUGGACAAUUAAAAGUUAAUCUAUAAGAAAGAAUGCAAAAAGUCAAAAUUUUACUUAGUGUAGAGUACCAGAGUGAAGAUUGUUUUACAAUUUUAACCAUUUCUUCUUUCUCCCUAAUGUUUUAGUUAUUAUUUUUGUUUUAAAUCCCUGUGUAUUUAUGACUUAGGGGUGAAAGGAGCUGUUUUGUGUAGUUGAGGUGUUUCACUGGAAUCAAACUUGAACUGUUCAGGGCUACUAUUAGCUAGAGCAGCUGAUGUGCUCACAGAUUGAAGAACUUCAGUCGUUCCUCAGGCUGGACUUUUGGGACCAACCAGAACUCAAGGUCAGGAGGACAAUUGUCAUUUCACUCAACACUGUAGGCCAGUCUCACACAGAACAUGUCUGAAUCACCUCAAAUUUUUUUUUUUUGCAUUGUGGCAUUUUUAUGACAAUUAAGCACCCCUCAUAAUUUUUACAUUUUUAUUAAAUAAUUUUUUUUGUCUAUGAUUCUCACUACUCUAAUGCAAUAAUGAAAACCAUCCUGUCCUUUGCAGACAAUUAUUUUACAGGAAAAUAAGCAUAAUUUGCAAACCGUAAAACAAAUACUUUCAAACACUGUAUGGGAAUUGAAAUAAAAACAAUGUCACAAUUCAAAAAAAAAAAAAAAAAGUAUAGAUUUUACUGUGAAAUAUGAUGUGCAUGUUCUUGGUGAGAUUCACCAAGAGGCUAUGAGUU